CUGGAGCCCCAGCGAGGGGGGAGGAGCCGAGCCCCACUCGGCCAGGACCCCCUCCCCCUCAUGAAGCAUGAACAGGAAAGAUAGCAAGAGGAAGUCCCACCAGGAAUGUUUGGGGGUGACGGGGCAGCGGGGCCGACCCCGCCAGGCCCGUCGCCACAAGACGUGCCCCAGCCCUGGGGAAAUCAGCAAGGUCAUGGCCGCCAUGGCUCUGGGCGGGCUGAGCGACAGGGGCUGCAGCGAAGACGAGUUGCUGGAGAAGUGCAUCCAGGCGUUCGACUCGGCUGGCAGCCUGUGCCGUGGAGGCCACGUUCUCAACAUGGUGUUAGCCAUGCACAGCUGGGUGCUGCCUUCUGCCCACCUUGCCGCCCGGCUGCUGACCUCAUACCAGGAGGCCACAGGGAGCACGCAAGAGCGGAGACGGUUGCAGAUCUGUCACCUGGUCAGGUACUGGCUGACCCAGCACCCUAAGGCAGUACACCAAGAGCCCCAACUAGAAGAGGUCAUAGGUCGCUUCUGGGCCACCGUGGAAAAGGAAGGCGGCUCGGCCCAGAGGAAUCUGGGGGGUUCCUGCAAUCUCCUGAGCCCUGGUGGCCCUGGUCCCCCAGCCCCCUUGAGCAGUCCAGGCCUGGGCAAAAAGCGCAAAGUGUCCUUGCUUUUCGAUCACCUGGAGAGUGUGGAGCUGGCCGAACACCUCACCUACCUGGAGUUCCGCUCUUUCAGGGCUAUCACGUCCCAGGACCUGCGGAGCUACGUUUUGCAGGGCUCCGUGCGGGGCUGCCCGGCGCUGGAGGGCUCGGUGGGCCUCAGCAACAGCGUGUCCCGCUGGGUGCAGGUCAUGGUGCUGAGUCGACCCGGGCCCGCGCAGCGCGCGCAGGUGCUGGACAAGUUCAUCCACGUGGCACAGAGGCUCCACCAGCUGCAGAAUUUCAACACGUUGAUGGCAGUCACCGGGGGCCUGUGUCACAGCGCCAUCUCCAGACUCAAGGACUCCCACGCUCACCUGAGCCCUGACAGCACCAAGGUGCUGCUGGAGCUGACAGAGCUGCUGGCAGCCCACAACAACUACACCCGUUACCGCCGUGCUUGGGCCGAGUGCACCGGCUUCCGGCUGCCUGUGCUGGGCGUGCACCUCAAGGACCUGGUGUCCCUGCAUGAGGCCCAGCCCGACAGGCUGCCUGAUGGCCGCCUGCACCUGUCCAAACUCAACAGCCUCUACCUGCGACUGGAGGAGCUGGCAGCUCUCCAGGGACAGCGCCCACCCUGCAGCGCCAAUGAGGACCUGCUGCACCUGCUGACGCUCUCCCUGGACCUCUUCUACACGGAGGACGAGCUCUAUGAACUUUCUUACGCCAGGGAGCCCCGCUGCCCCAAGAGCCUGCCACCAUCCCCCUUCAAGCCACCCCUGGUGGUGGAGUGGGCGCCUGGGGUGACAGCCAAGCCGGACAGGGCCACCCUGGGCCAGCAUGUGGAGCAGCUGGUGGAGUCUGUGUUCAAGAAUUACGACCCUGAAGGCCGAGGGACCAUCUCUCAGGAAGACUUUGAGCGACUGUCGGCCAGUUUCCCCUUCGCCUGCCAUGGGCUGCACCCGCCACCCUGCCAAGGGCAUGGCUCCUUCAGCAGAGAGGAGUUGACCAGCUACCUGCUCCGGGCCAGCACCAUUUGCUCCAAGCUGGGCCUGGCCUUCCUGCACACCUUCCAGGAGGUCACCUUCCGCAAGCCCACCUUCUGCAGCUGCUGCAACAGCUUCCUCUGGGGGGUACCCAAGCAAGGCUACCGCUGCCGGGACUGUGGGCUAUGCUUCCACAAACACUGCAGAGACCAUGUGAAUGUGGAAUGCAAGAAGAGGCCGGGGACCAAGGGUGAUGGCUCCCCAGGAGCCCCUGUCCCACCCACGUCGGCCCCGUGCGCCAGCUCUGGCUCCGAGGACAAUCUCCCAGACACCCUGGAAUCUGAGGCUGAGGCACACCUUUGCCACGCUUGAACCCAGAUGGAGCCCCCACCUCCUUCCUGGGGGCCAGAGAUGGAAGGAAGAGCCAAGGGCUUGGCGAGUCAGAGCAGCAGGUGCCUGUCAGGCCUCAAGAGACCAACACCCCCUGCCCCUCCUCAAAGGCCGACACUGCUCCUACAGGUGUCACAAAUUAAAUUUAUUUUCCGAGAGACUUA